AAAUAAAUAUGGACACAAUCUUUCCUCCUUCACUAUUCUCUUUCAUUCAUGUAAGUAUCGCUCCAUCGCACAAUAAUAAUGCCCUCUAAAAAAUAUCUUGUGUCCAAUCCCGCAUGCUAGUCGUUUUCCUUAUAUAAUUCCUUCUUAUCUCCCCGAUUACUCCAUCUCGUGGAAAUCAAAUUUCUAUGGUUUGAUGUCUUAAUUACUAAAUAUUACUGUCAGCUUUGUGUUUUAUUCAACCAAUAUAUGUCAUAACUAUGUAUUUAUGAUAAAAAUUAAAUUUAAUAAUACAGAUAUGAAUAUAUAAUAGUGAAACACAAGAUAUUAUGAAAUACUAUGAUAAACAAAUUCGUUCCCAAGCCGCUUUAGAUGUUUUGUGUUAUUUUUGAAUUGCAGUUCAUUCCAUCCUUGAACUUGUGAGUGAAGAAUUCAUAAAUAUUCCUUAGCUUCGAAAUAUGCUUUGUCUCUCUAUAAAACAAUUAACCAAACCAUAUAUCUAAACGGAUUCACAUUACGUUUCAAUCAUUCUUUUCGUUGUUCCUUUCAUGUGCACGUUCUUCUAAAGUAGGACCAAAGCCUCGAGAACUUUGCCUGCACAACGUCUCUGCCUCUCUCUGUCUCUCUCUCUUCGUGUAUAUAUUCACACACACACACACAUAGAAUCUCGGUCUCUAUAUACAUAUAUAUGAGGCAUUUUGGGAGAUAACAACUCAGAAAGCCGACAGAAAUGAAGGCGAAUGCGGCGAUAGCCGCGUUUAGGUUUCUGCUACUAACGUGCGCGGCGCGGUGCAUUAGCUCGCAGGGGCAGCGGCGCGUGAACAUGACUCUCGUCCGGAACGCUUCGUCGAUGGGCGCAUAUUGCUUGGACGGAAGUUUGCCGGCGUAUCAUUUGGACAGAGGAUUUGGGGCGGGGGCGCGCAACUGGCUUUUGCAAUUUGAGGGUGGUGGGUGGUGCAACGACGUCAAAUCCUGCCUCGACAGAGCCUCUACUCGCCGUGGAUCCACUCUUCACAUGUCUAAGGUUGAGAUUUUCUCUGGCAUUUUGAGCAACAACGCUUCAUUAAACCCUGAUUUUUACAAUUGGAACCGUGUAAAGCUAAGAUACUGCGAUGGUGCCUCUUUUGCUGGGGAUGCUGUAUUUGAUAAUGGAACAUCAUUGCUUUAUUUCAGAGGGCAAAGAAUCUGGCAAGCAAUCAUUCUUGAUCUUCUCCCAAAAGGCCUAGGCCAAGCAAAAAAGGCUUUGCUUUCUGGUUGCUCUGCUGGGGGUUUGGCCACCUUUCUGCACUGUGACAACUUCAGUAGUUAUUUGCCACAAAAUGCAAGUGUCAAGUGCCUAAGCGAUGCUGGGUUUUUUCUUGAUGCACGAGACAUUGCUAUGAACCACAGCAUGAGAUAUUUCUACAAAAGCGUUGUUUCUCUGCAGGGUGUGGAGAAAAACCUGAAUAAGAAUUGCACCACUUCUGGUUUUCCCGAAUUAUGCUUCUUCCCACAAUAUGUAUUGCCAUAUAUCAAGACGCCCUAUUUCAUCUUGAACACGGCGUAUGAUGUGUAUCAAUUUCAUCACAUCUUGGUGCCACCGGCUGCUGAUCCUCACGGCCACUGGUUUCAUUGCAAACUUAGUCCAAAAGCUUGUAAUGCAGUCCAGCUAGCUACUUUACAAGGAUUCAGGAGAUACAUGCUCGAAACGCUACGGCCUUUUUACAUGAACUCAACAAGUGGAGGGAUGUUGAUAAACUCUUGUUUUGCUCAUUGCCAGAGUGAAUCACAGGACACAUGGUUAGCACUCGACUCUCCAAGAGUACACAAUAAGACCAUCGCAGAAGCAGUUGGUGAUUGGUACUUCAGCAGAAGGAUAAGCAAGGAGAUAGACUGUGCAUAUCCUUGUGAUAAUAGUUGCCAUAAUCAGUUAAGCUGAUAGGUAGAUUCAGGAAUUCUUUUAUACAAAGAAGCAGCAUACGUAGAAGGAUAUUCUUUAAACAGGGGUUUUCCAUUCUUCAAGGAAGCAGCUUGGACUCAGUUCAAAUUUAGGCCUAAUAGCAUAUGGUAAUACUACAGAUUAAUUGUUGGUGAGACCUCUUCUUUGUAAGGGAUGAGAUCUAAGGAUCUAGUCCCACCAUUCCGCCUCCUCCAAAUUGGAGAAAAAACAAUAAGAAAAAAAAAAGCAAGAAACUACAGAUGAUUGGGAAA